UGAAGUGGACAUACAAGAGUUAACUGGCGGGGUGUGACAGGGCGAACCGCCUUCAGGAAGUGUUACUCACCGCCAGGAAUGUGCACGCCUGUGCCUUGGGGGUUGGAUUCUCUUCCUGAGUCCCAGGAGAAGCUGAAGGAGCUCCCAGCCAUGGAAGACCCUGGGGAGGCAGGAGCACACCCUCUGGGAGCUGCCAACCUGAACUUUGUUCCCAGGCACCAACAGAAAGAAAAGACAUCUCCAGACCCACUGUAUGACACGCCCGACGCCAGCAGGGCACAGGCAGGCAGGUCCCAACAACCAGCACGCACUGUGAGCCUGCGGGAGCGGCUGCUGAUCACCCGACCUGUGUGGUUACAGUUGCGGGCCAACGCGGCAGCUGCGCUGCACGUGCUGCGGACAGAACCUCCAGGGACCUUCCUGGUACGGAAAUCUAACACUCGCCAGUGCCAGGCUCUGUGUGUGCGGCUGCCAGAAGCCAGUGGCCCCUCUUUUGUCUCCAGCCACUACAUCCAAGAGAGCCCUGGUGGCGUCUCUUUGGAGGGUUCAGAGCUCACGUUCCAGGACCUGAUCCAGCUCAUCUGUGCAUACUGCCAUACCAGGGACAUUCUUCUCCUCCCACUCCGGCUCCCCAGAGCCAUUCAUCAGGCAGCCACCCACAAGGAGCUGGAGGCCAUCUCCCAUCUAGGCAUGGAGUUCUGGAGUUCCUCCCUCAACACCAAGGUUCAGCAGAGGUCUUCCGAAACCCCACCGAUACCCAGGCUGAAGGCUCGCUCCCCUCAAGAGCUGGAUCAGGGCACCGGUGCAGCCCUCUGCUUCUUCAACCCUCUCUUCCCAGGAGAUCUGGGCCCCACCAAACGUGAGAAAUUCAAGAGAAGUUUCAAAGUGCGUGUGUCCACAGAGACCUCCAGCCCUCUGUCCCCACCUGCUGUGCCGCCUCCCCCAGUCCCGGUGCUGCCAGGGACGACUUCCAGCCAAACAGAAAGACUGCCUUCUCGACAGCUGCUGCAGAGGGAGAGCUCGGUGGGGUAUCGCGUGCCAGGGAGUGCUUCCGGCCCUAGCCUUCCUCCCCUACCUUCGCUCCAGGAGGUGGACUGCUGCUCCCCCAGCAGCUCAGAGGAGGAGGGUUCUCCAGGGAGCCCUACAACCUCCCCACGCCUGGGCCGCCCAAGGCAGCGGCGGCCUCUGCUUCGGUCCAUGAGUUCUGCUUUCUGCUCUCUGCUGGCACCAGAGAGGCAGGUGGGCCGGGCGGCCACAAUGUUAACGCAAAACCGAUACACAGCUGUGGGCCAGCUAGUGCAGGACCUACUGACUCAGGUUCGGGCUGGUCCUGAGCCUCGGGAAUUGCAGGGCAUCCGCCAGGCCCUAAGCCGGGCCCGGGCCAUGCUGAGUGCAGAACUGGGUCCUGAGAAGCUGCUACCACCGGAGAGGCUGGAACUGGUCCUGGAGAAGUCCCUGCAUCGCUCUGUUCUCAAGCCUCUUCGACCCAUCCUUGCUGCCCGGCUGCGGCGCCGGCUUUCCACAGAUGGUUCCCUUGGCCGCCUAGCUGAGGGCUUCCAGCUGGCCCGAACCCAGGGGCUUGGAGCCUUCGGGUCCCACCUACACUUCUCCUCCCCAGUGGAGACAGAACAGGUGCGCCAGAAACUGCUUCAGCUGCUCCGCACCUAUUCACCCAGUGCCCAGAUCAAGCGGCUCCUGCAGGCCUGCAAGUUGCUCUACACAGCCCUGAAAACCCAGGCGGGGGAGGAUGCAGGCGCUGAUGAGUUCCUGCCUCUGCUGAGCCUUGUCUUGGCCCAGUGCGACCUUCCUGACCUCCUGGUAGAAGCUGAGUACAUGUCGGAGCUCCUGGAGCCUACCCUGCUCACCGGAGAGGGUGGCUACUACCUGACCAGUCUCUCGGCCAGCCUGGCCUUGCUCAGUGGCCUAAGCCAGGCCCGCGCUCUCCCACUCAGCCCGGCACAGGAGCUCCAGCGCUCUUUGGCCCUCUGGGAACAGCGCCGCCUUCCGGCCACCCACAGCUUCCAGCACCUCCUCCGAGUAGCCUACCAGGACCCCAGUACAGGUUGUACCUCCAAGACCCUGGCUGUGCCCCCGGGGUCUUCGAUUGCCACCCUGAGCCAACUCUGUGCCACCAAGUUCCGAGUGACUCACCCUGAUGCAUUCGGCCUCUUCCUCUACAAGGACCAGGGCUACCAUCGCCUGCCUCCUGAAGCCUUGGCCCAUAGGCUUCCUGCAACUGGCUACCUCGUCUACCGCCGGGCAGAGAGGCCUGAGACCCAGGGGGCUACAACAGAGAAGGCAAAGGCAACCAGCAGGAGGCCGGAGGCAGGAGCAUGGGAAGAGGAGAAAGGGGGCCUGAACAGUGAGGGGGAGUCUGAGACAACUGUUGACCAAGGAGGCGAGGACCAGGUCCAAGGAGGCCAUGGGCAACCAGAGGAGCCAAAGGCAGAGGGAAGCCAGGCUGCAGAAGAGUAGCCAGAAAGAGCCAGGAGGGCUACCUGGGCCUCCAGAAGCUUCUCAAUUUGCUCUUCCCAGCUGCCAAGCUUCCUUCACCUCCACACCCAGUUCUCUGUUGUGUCUGCCACCACCUCUAACUGAUCUUUAUGAGUCCAUCUGCUGGGAACAGGGGGCUGACCACAAAGACUAGGGCAAAGUUAAGGGAAUUAGGAGACUCCAAAACCCUGUGUCCAAGGCCCCUAGCCUUGGCUUCUCCCUAGCCCACAGGAACAAAUGUGUCUGGGAAGGGACAAAUCCAUCUAAUAACCAACUCCAGCACAGGGAGAAGGUGUUCCUGACUUCUUUGCCUCUCCCACUGUCCGUGGGCACAGGCAGGAUUGCUGGAGCUUCAAGACCCUGAACAGCUCCAAUCUCUCCUAGUUCCAGAGGUCAGGGAAGUGGCAGAAUGAUAGCAAAGGUCCCCAAACAAGUGGCUCUUCCCAGAGGCAGUGUCCUGGCCUGCAGAGAGGGGAUAUGAGUACUGCAGGGCUCUGGAGUGACCCAGGCCCCCCGUGGAUGGUUGAUGGCUAAGACUGGGCAGGGGAAAGAGGAAAGGACAGGUGUUGGCAGCCGUGCUGUUCCUUAGAGCAGCUGCCCCCACCAGGCAGUCCAGAGAUAGUUGUUGGCCUGGAGGUCAGGUCACAAGAGAGAAAGCACCUAUGUUCCAGCCUCUCUUUAAGAUCAGAAACCUACUGAGGCACUUCAGUAUUUCUGGGGAAUUAGACCCUGGGAAGUUUCCAGA